AACUCCCGUGUGUGAGUCACGGCGCGGCCCGUCAGCGCCGUUAAAUGCCGUGUGCGGGCGGGCGGCGCUGCCUGGGCUGCCCCGGCCCCCUGCGCGCGGGCCGCCGCCUCCCCCGCCUCCUCCUGCGGUACAUGGCUGGCGGGCCGUACUUGUCACGGUGUCACAUCCUCCCCGCCGGCUGCGGCCCCAACUUCCCCCUCAGCUCGGCUGCAACUGCUGCCCAGGGCCACCGCAGCGGCAUGGGAUAGAGCACAGCCGCCUCAGCGCCUGGCCGCCGCCUCCUCCGCCGCGCACCCCGGCGCCUCGCCGCACGCUCAUUUUAAAUUAAUUCACCCAUCCGGUUUAAAUCCCUCACCCGUGUUCCCCGCCCUGCAGUCCCCCCAACUGCCUCCUCACCCCCCGCGGCGUCCCCUCUCCGUUGACUCUUUUUCCCGCCCCCAAUUCGGCCGCCCCCCGCUCCCCUCAGCGCCUCUCUCAGCGGUUCUCAACAGCCCUCGCCGCGGAGCCCCCCGGAGCGGCACGGUUGAGGCUGUGAUGAAGGUUGAUGUGAGGGGCAAGGGGCUCCUGAAAGAUGCUCUCCGGCCUGGGCCACUGUCCCUCUCUGAAGACCAGGGAAACCCACCUUUUUUUAUUUCCAGGUGCACCAUCCUCCUCCCCACCUUGUCAUGUUCCAGUAUUACCUGGGCUUGACUUGGCUUGGCAGGACAAUCCGUGUAGCGUAGGGUGAAGCCAUGGUCCACAGCAGGGACUUCUGGUGGCUUGUAUUGAUAUUGGGAGCACUUAAUGUAAAAUGGUUUUGUCUCUGUUUCAUUGCUAUUGAUUUUUUUUUUUCCUUCCUAAUGUAUUUUCAGAAAUGUGAAUGUUCUCAUGUGCUGUACAUUCAGAGUAGCUAAAAUAAAACAUACAUGGAAAACCCCAGCAAGCACAGCAGCAUUUCCAUACACAGGGCGUCUGAAGCCUUAGUACUUUGCUGGGUUUAGUUAUUAAUAUUAAUUGCUUGGUCUUUGUAAUUCAUAUGAUAUGGAAACUAAUUGCUGAAUUGAAGGUUUACCAAACCUCACAGCACUCCAAAAUCAUCUUUCUCAGACAUCUGAAAAAUAAAUCUACUGAACUUCUGUUAAGAUGAAAGGUAAACACUCUUGUAAAUGAGAAGUAGAAAAGUAUGGCUUCAGUUCAGUGACUACUUAAUUGUAGUUUUAAGUAUGCUUAUGAUCAAUAAAUUUGUAGAGGAAAUGAAAUCUUUAACAAAUCUUGUCUUGCUUCUAUCUAUAAAGGGAGGGAGGGAAACAAAAAAAAUCAGCCCUGAGAUUUUUACCAAACAGUAAAUCAGCCUUUAUCCCAAGGGGUGACUUGCUCAAUAUAACCCCAAACUUCCUAAAUGUCUGUUAUUUUGCCUUUACGGGGGGGUCCUUGAGCUGUGGCCUGUUAAGUCAAUUUGCUUCUCCUCUGUUACCACUUUUAGCACCAGUGUAACUUCGUUAACCUUAACGGACCAGAUUUGCAUUGAUGUGAAAAGUAAUCGAGAAACCCAUGUUUUCAGAAAGGCCCCUAUAGUAGUGAUGUGACAAGCUCUGAUUCAUUCUCUCAUCAGACCCAAUUACGCCACCCUUACUCACACCGAGUGGUACUUUACUGCGCAAGAGCUCCCUGCGAUGCUUGUAUGACUACUUGUGUACUACAGUACCAACCUGGGUGAGGUAAUGGCGCUUAUUUUUUUUAGAACUAUUUUUUCCCUUCCCUUGAAAUAAGAACUUAUUGGAUAACUAUUUUUCUUGGGUUGUGAAGAAAACUGAGGAUUAAAUGUAAAGCUGCUCUGUUAAGUGACUAUACAAAAAAAAACCCUCUGAGAUCUGUGCUACCAGUGAAACGGGCAGGUAAGUUUUCUGUGUGUUUAGCUUUCCCUUGUUGCUAUGGGAAGUAGGAAAAAGAUUGGUGAGAAGUUCAUUAUCUUGUCCUGAAAUUUCUCUGUGCCUGAGGGAACCCAUACCUACAUGUGGUGUUCAAGUUAGGGUUAGGUUUUGUUUUUUUUUAAUUUCUCUCCUUCUCCAGAACCCCCCUAAACAUUCACAUCACAUUGUUUAAAUGUUUGCUAUCGAAAUCACUGACAGCAGGAUCAGGCCCUCAGUUGUUUUUCUUUAAAGCAGUUGAUAAUGGCUUGGACAUGAUGUUGUAGAAAGAUAAUAUUAUCUGGUGUGUCCACAGCUCAGAUCCACUGUCUUACAGUCUCAGAAGAAAGCUCCCUACUAAGCAGCUUGUAAAGAAAAUACAUCUAAUAAAGCAGAACUGUCUUCUGCCUUUAUGUUCUUAUUUAUAACUCUCUUGAAAGUUUGCUUGAUACUCUUUCAGAACAAGACACACUUCUUUCGUGUUUGUUUCAUGUUUUCACUUCCUUGUAUGACUGUGUUCAUUGCUAAGCUUUUGUGUCACUGAUUGAGAUGUUAUUGUAAUUAACAUUAAUUAAGCAAACUAGAUUGUUUUUAGAGGCUCUCCAGACCUGUAUUGAUACUGUCAACUUGUUUGUUUGUUGAACAAAAAUACAAACAUUUCAACAUUCUCAGAGGAAAUACAUUAACUGGUUCCAAAUCAAUAUAUGCAUGGGAAACCACAGCAAAAUUAAGCUGUUUUUCCUCAAACUGCAUAUUGAAUCUUGAUGGAGGUGCUGAAUACAGUAUGGUUGGAUCUGAAACAUCAUGGCAGGGUAAAUGGAGAGAGCAAGAAAAGGGACUUGUGUACAGCCAUUUGAGGAGGCUUACACUGCAGAGUUCCUCCACAUUCUUUCCAGAUAGACAGUACUGGAUUAGUUGGGCCAGAUCCUGCAGUCCCUAAUUCAGCAAAACUCUUACUGAAGUAUCCUGGAGCUGUCUGCUUGGUUGUGGACUGCUGGAUUUGUUCGAGAAAUGGAGAAAAAUGGCAGAGUUUACUUCAUGAAUUAUUUAGGACAUUUUGGAUUUUAGACUCAGAGAAGAUAUCUUCCUCUAAUUUGGCUUAGAAGGUGUUCCAGGUUUAUUUUUAAAGAAAAACUUAUUAAAAAAAUCUUUGAAAUAUACAUUCACUUAUAAAAUAGUCCCUAUAGCAAUGGUAACAUUGUACAAUUUUUUUUAUAAUGUUAAUUAUAGUGACAUUCGCAAGAGUCUCUAUGAUUCCGAAUCACCCUCUUGAAACACUUCUGAGCUGUGAGAGACUUCAGAAUCAGUCCCUAGAAAUUGUAAUUGUUGCAAUAUUUAUAUGUUGUAUAGUUGUGUACUCUUAAGGAAGAAAAAGCAAAUAGGAAUAGAGAGAAGAGUUGAAACAGGGAUUUGUUGUCACAAUAUCUGAAAAUCUAUGCAGACUAGCAGAUAAUUCCCUGCCUUAAAAAUUAAGUCUCUCUAAUUUCCCAUUUAAAUAAGCAGAAUUUGGUUUGCAGUUUGCUUUGGGUAAUGAAAGAGAGGUUUUUUGUUUCUACUUUUGGUUCAGUGGUCCUCUGGAAAGUUAGAAACAGCGCCCUGGGGCUCAGCGAAGUGGAGGGUGUAUAAUUAUAUGGGAAGGCUCCAUAGCAUCAGUGAAUUAGCAUUAGCAGCUGAGUGAGUUUGUUAAGCUGUAGAGAUGGUAUUAUGGAAAUCAAUAAAAUGCUGACUUCUUAUUGCAGAUUCCAUGUUAAAAGGAAGAUGGUAUUUGUUCAUCUGCCUUUCAUGUAGACAUGCCAAACCAUUAGUUGAUUUGGACAGGGAAGGUUUUUCAGUUCAGAAAAUAAAUAGUCAGAUUAUUUUUUUUUAACUCUUUUGAAUAUUUAUUUAUUCGAUUGUCUUCCAGAAAUCACACUAACAUCCUGGCCUGCAAGUUGCUUCAAGUGUGUCUGUUUGUCAGCAGAGGCAAGAGUGAAGGUCACUUAUUUUUCUUAUGACAUGCUGGUGUGGCAUUGUUUGUUGUAGACCAAAUGCUGUAUGUUCCUGACAUUUCUGCUUUAAAUUAGAGUAUCUCAAGUGUUUGGAGGGUUCUGAUGAGAUGUACUGAAAUCCACGCUAAAAAUAAAAGAGAAAUGGUGACCUUAACUGUUUUCAAAGAUAUGAGUCAGGAAGGCUGAUAUUAAUCACUAUGAAAUCUGUAAUAUGCAUUGGCCUUUAUUUCUUUGUCUCAAAGCUUCUCCUGCUUUUAUACCAGAAAGACAAGUAACCAGAUCAUUCAUCACAUUAAGCGCUUAUAGCGAAAUGACAGAUCGACAGCCUUGUGUUGAGCACUGUGUAAUGUGUAUGAUACAUUAAGUUCUCAUGAUCUAUAGAAAACAUUUUAAUUGAGAGGAAUAUUAAAUGGGAACGGCUGUCUUCUAAUCCAAGGACCUUGUUGUUUGCUUGUUUGUUUUUAAUUCUUCCUGAUUGAAAUUAAACUUAAGUUCAUGUUCAAAUUAUUUUAUAUUUAAAAAUCUCUAUGCUAUGACCCUUGAUAAAAUACUCUGAAACAUUUUAUUAAAGAGAAGAUACACUAAGGGGUUUAGGGGAAUGUGGGAAACUUGGCUGGUGGAUAGGAGAACUGACUGUGAUCCAGGGGACUUUAUAGAACUUUGAAGGUGCAACUUGCAAGGCAGCUUCUUCGGGGAUGCGGCAACGAGCAUCUGUUUUGUGACAUGUGAGCAGCGUAUGUACAGAGUUCAGAUAUCGUGAGGCAUGCGGAGCAUGUUCUUGUAUGAAUAGAAACAGUUCAAAAUGCUGGGUUUAUGAUGCAGGCAAUAGUAAAGGUCAGCAACUUGGAAAAUUAAUAAUAUGGUUCAUGUUGACAUUUUAGAGGGAAUUCUGAUGGGGGCGUGUAAGCUCGUCAGUCCGGCAGCACAGAUAAAUAGGCAGCCUUCGUCUUAUCUCUUUGGUAACCCAAACCUUUUUACUGAGAAACUGGCAACAUCAUGUUUAUAUUCUCCCUGUGCUUUAUUGUUUCUGCUAAUCUCUAAUUAAAUAGAGCUAGUGAGGGCCAGCAUGGUGCUUUUAGUGCUCGACUACAGCUUAGAAAUGACACUCUGCUUUCUAGUGAUUAUGAGCAGGUGAAGUCCCAGGAAGGGCAGAGGAGUUGGAGUAACAUAGCAUGCAAGUAAAUUCCUGAUUUGCUAAAAUAUUUGUCUGUAGUUGUAGCGAUCCUCAGUACUUCAUAUCUCUGGUAUUGCCAUGGGUGUCCAGUUAAGGGCUGUUUAAGAACACAGAAGUGGAAAAACAAACAAACAAAACAAAACCAAAAAAACAGGGAUGAAGAAGUCUCAGUUGAACCCGGACAGAACCUUUUUAGCUCCUACCGUGUAAAAUAGGGAGGAAGGUCCCAAGAAAUAACAAGGAUAAAGUCUUUUGUAACUGUAAAAUUACAGUAGUGAUGGUGACUCUGAAAAGUAGCUUCUAGAUAGAGAAUUGUAGUCACUUUUCUGUCUUUUUGUAAGCUGUUACUAAUGUAGUUAAAGCAUUGGUUCUGAGAACAAGUAUGUUGGUAGCUUGGAUUCUUCCUCUUUAAAAUUUAGAAGUCUACAUUCAUAUGUUUUCUGUGGAGGAAAAUAAAAUACUGCUUGUUUGAUUAUGCAAAUUCAGUGUUCUUAUUAAGAGAAAAUCAUGGACCCUGUUUUUUGUUGAAAUGAAGUAAAAUAUUCCUGUGGAUGCCUUUUUCAUGUUUGGGUUUUGUUUGUUUGUUUCCUCUCUUCUGACUGUCUUUUCAUUGCCCACUCUUCUUUCUGUCCUCCUGAAUUCCUUUUCUGUCAUUGUUUUUGAUUCCCUCCACUUCUUUCCAGCCAUUUUUUUUCCCCAUUUGUUAUUGUUCUUUCCAGCCUUAAUCAACUACUGGUGUUGCUGCUUUCUUACAGAAUCACAUUAACAGCUCCCAAUAACAGUGCUCUACACAGGGUACAACUAAAUAGCAACCGAUCCUUCCUUAAAAAGCUUACAGUGGGAAUGUGAAAUCUGGGGGACUGACAUCCAGCUCCUGUUUUUCGUGGCCUACACUUCUUGGUUUUGGUAUGGAGAGCGGUUGUGCUGCUGUCGUGCACGUGCUAAGGCACAUGUUGAGGUAUGGGAUGCCAGUAAUAUUUAGUGUCCUCUGCUCUUGGCAAGGAAACGGAUCACCAACGCUGACCCUUAGUCCGAAAGGAAAAUGUGAAGGGAGAGCCUGUUGGAGGUGUGACAUGAGCUGGUGCAGUCACCAGAAGGAGUCAGGACCACAGCCAGGAAUAAUACCCAGGUGUCAUCAGCUUCAGACACGUGCCCUGGGCUGUAACAAAGAAAGUUUUUUACUUCUUCUAUGGUUUGUGGAGCUGGUUUCUAUAUUUUUUUUUCAUCCUUCUGCUUCUAUUUAUUUGACUGUCUUCUCAGUUUUAGUCUUUUUUUUUCUUUUUUUUUUCUUUUCUUUUCUUUAAUAUGUCAUGGCUACUAGGGAUCUCUCAGACUGCAGCACAGGGAUGUGAAUAAGAUUUAGUGGGUUUUCCCUCAUCCUGCGCUGGAAUAUUUGGCUGUUGCCAAAGAAACUGAGGUCAGAAUCAGGGCCUCUUAAGUACCAUGUGCCAAAAAGUACCUAUGUAUGCAUUAAAGGUAUCAAAAUACUCUUAAAAAAAUAAAUUGUGACAUUAAAAAGCUAAUGUGCUGUUUGUGAUGCAAUAUGAGAACCAAAAUAUAGAAUGCAAUAGGUUUUCUGUGGUGAUAUAAAGGUAAAAGGUGCAGCCUUUUCAAGAGAACCUUUAAGCUAUUAAAUCUUUUUAAGGAACACACCAAUCCUUUGCUGAACCUGCUAAUUUGAAGGUUUUGGAAGGUAAGUGGCCCUCCUUCUUGUGAUAGGGAACAUAUGGGACAGCAAAGUUUCUAAACAGAGCUGAAGUCUCUCAGCCUGGUGCUGGUGAUGGUUGUUGCCUAAUAUCAAGGGAAAGAUGUAGCAGCCACAUAUGCAAUGGGAAAAUGCCCAGGAACAAGGCAUCCUUCCAGCAUUCAGCCAACGCAAGGAGGCUGUUUUAACUGCCCUUUGAUUUGGAAUAUAUUUUAUUUAUUCCCUGUUAUUAUUUCAGUGCAGAUUCUAGAGAUGGGCAGUUUCUGUCCUUUUAGAUUGGCAAUUUUUUUGUGGCAUUCCUACCUUGGAAAGUCCAAAGGGGAGGGGGUUCAAAUUUCGGGUAUCGUCUUCUACUCUCCCCCCUGCCAUGUUCAAAAUGAAAUAGUCUUCCCUUGUUCUGAAUAAAAGCUGUGAUAAUUGAUUUCCUUUACUGUGAUAAUCCAUUGCCCAAAUGUCCUGGUAGCAUAAUUUGAUUGUGGCGCUUGGACAGCUAUCAUAUCACUCCUGUAAAACAACAUUGUUUGAAAUGUUAUAAUCCAAGAAAUCCAGACUUAAAGUGCUUACAGCAGUGACUAAUUGUAUGCUAGUGAGUGCUACUAUAUCUUCCUGAUUUAUGUCCCUCAUUGGCCAAGACAGACUUGCGUAUGAGUUCUCAACAUGUUAUUUAACAAGAUGGUAGUGCGCUGUGUUUAAAUUGCUUCUUGUUGUGUGGGGAUUUUUUGUUUGUUUUGUGUUUUGUUUUUUAAUUCUCCUUUCCCAAUGUGGGGUUCAGACCUUAUUGGUUUUAUGGGAAAGCCACGAAUCUGUAUUCCUUCAGGAGCUGUUGCAGCAUGAGUGAGCAAACUGCGUAGGUUCUUUGAGGAGCUAUGAAAGUAGCCUGUGCUCCUUACCCAAGAAGAGUUAAGAAUUGUUAUUAACUCGGUGGUUUUGGUGGUGUUUGUUGGUUUUUUGUUCUUUCCUUCUCUUCCUCACUUGAACUCUGAUUCUAGAGGAGUGGGAGCAAUUACCCAGCUUGUCUUGUAUCUUUCCAUUCAGAAGAGAGUAGGAUGAGAAAGAAGGUCUGCUUUGGACUGCAGGUGUUCUCUCUAGCCCUUUUGCCACUCACAGGUCACAUUUCUUUAAUCUGCAAAACAGCAGAGGAAAAAAUCCUUCUUGAACACUUCUACUGGCUUUAAUGAGAGAUUAAGGAAAAAUCCUUCUUUUAGAAAGAGAAGUAGUGUAGGUGAAUGCAUUUAGCACCCUUUAGGAAAGGGUCGCCACCACAGGAGUGCUGAUAAGAAAGGUUGCCAAAUCCUCCCAAACUCUGCAUCAGGUUGUUAUGAAAGACCCAUAUGAAAUGAAGAAGUUCUACAGCCAGUGCAUGCACGCAUAUUUUUGAAGGUUUAUGCUGAAUUGCUGCCAUGCCACAAAACUGAUUAGAAUAAUUUAUAAUAAAAAGUGUAUUUCAGAAAUGGAUAAUGUGAUGGAUAAUGUGAGACUAUCUGCUCCCUCCCAAAGCGCUUUUGGGAGGAUGCUCAGGGGCUGGGGUGUGAAAUGGUGUUGUAGAAAGCCCCUCUGCCCUGAAGAGUGAAAUACUCCUGCAUAUUGGGGCUCAGUACUGGAAGGAGGGAAGUGGGUGGCAGGGGAUGCAAAUCUGAAGUUUUUCCUGGUCAGUGGAUGGUACCCCAAUGUGUAGAUUUUCUACUACUGUCUGUAGGAAGAAGCUACUGCCAUCACUUUUCUUGUCAGAGAUGACUGCUAUAUGCUCGGCUUAAAACAUUAAUACAGAUUGUGUGCUUAUGCAUUGCUGUUUGUUUAUUUACUUGCAGUAGGACUCGGAAUAUUCCAGGCAGUUACGCAGUGCUUGUGGAUAAUCUCUGCUCCAAGGACUUCACAAAUCUGAGAAAGGCCAGGGGAGAGUAAAUAGGUGGGAAUUUACAGGUGUUAGUACAGAGAAACAGAAUGAGAUUCAUAGGAUGUGGGGCCCUUGAGAGGAGUGUGAGUGUGUGGCAAAGGAGCUGUGCAGGUGAGGUGGGAAGGAGUAUACGUGUGGUGCCCUCCUUGAAAGAAACGGGCACCAUGCAGACAACUGCUUUGACUGCUGAGUGGUCUGUUCUGCAUUUAUCAGCCAUCUAGGCCUAGUAAAUGUGUGCAUUUUGGUCCCUAGUGUGCCUGGAAAGAAAAGAGAUCCUUUGCUUUCCUUCUGCAUUACAAGUCAGUCCUUGGUCAGUUUAGAGCCCCUGACACCUGAUCUGUCUCUUGGACGCUUUCCCCUGUAUUUGUCAUUGCGUGAUGUGAUGGCUGUGUAAGUGGAGUUAUUCUGUUGUGUUCUGUGCAGAGAAAUGCUGUCAAAAUGAGAAAACGGGGGAAUAAGGCACGUGAGGUGUGUGCGUGCAACAUGAGGCUUGACAAGGCCAGCACUGGGGUUUUGCACAUGCAUUCCUUGGGGCACAAAGUGUCAUCGUCUUCAGUUCAGUUUUUGCUGCAAUUAAGGCCACUGAGCAUGUCUGUAAUACAAACAGAAAACAAAAAGAAAAUGUUUUCUCUCCAUCCAUCAUUCUAGCAUUGUUUAUGUGUGUAUGAAUCAUUCCUCCUCCAUCUGGAAGGAUGAGAUGCAGAGCUCUUCUAAGGAGGUAUCUAACGUACAUCCUCAUAGCAGCCAGCAAUUGGCAUGACAAAAAGGUUACAGCUAGUGGCUGGCGCUUUUCCCAUCCAUCUUGCCACUGGAAACAUAAUGCUUUUGCAAUGUGCUUGUUCUUCAGGCACCGGCAUGCAGAGCCAGUCCUCGGGACACACAAACGGAGCAGUUGCAUGUUUGCUUUUGUUUAUGGUGCCUCCUUGGUGACCCCAGAACUAAGAAGCAGGAGUAACAGCAAUGAAUGUAACAUGGAGUGAAUGGGAACAGUGGGGUACUUGUAGGACAUCCCCAGGUGUGGGAAGGGGAGUGAGCAGCAAGGCAUCUGGCACUGCCAGUAUAACAUCAGGUGUGGCACAAGACCCUGUUUUGCUUCUAGCCUUGUAUGCUUUGCACAGGACAAGACAAAAUUUAGUAGUAUUGAGUGCACAAGGAAAAAAAAGUUGUGUGGUUUGUUUUUUUAAUUAAAUGUCAUAUGUGAUUCGUGUAAACUGACUACCUUAUAUAUAUAUGUUCUGUCCUUCACUUGAUUUGCAAGAAGACUAAGGCCCUAAUUCAGUUAACUUAGUCUCAAAUGUUCCUGUGAUGUCAAGAAAGAAUUUUAUUGCCUGGGAUUUUGUAGAGGGGUGUUUAACGUGGUGUCAGAAUAGGCAGUAGAAAGAAGGCCCCCUUAAUACUCUGCUUUAACAAAUCUUUUUACCUUUCUCUGUUGCUGAGUGUACCUUAACAUCUCAUCUUGCACCAGUGAUGAACUCAAUAUGCAGUUCAAAUCUACAUGUAGAAGCUGGAUAUUCUUCUGCUGAAGCUUCUUGAAGCAUUCUUGAAACUCACCAAAACGUGCCCACGGUAUUGGACAUGUCUUCAUUGCUUCCUUCUUUUGAAGGACAGUUGGUGAUGAGGUAGGGGAGAGUCCAGGAUGUGCUGCCUGCCCCCAGAGCCUUUGGUGCAUUUAAUGAGCUGGUGUUUGCACUGGUUGUUCAUAGAGCUGGGACCAGUGGCUCUUUCUCCCUGGGGGAGUGCCUGUGCAAACAGUAAGAGCCUUUCUGCUCUCCUUCUCAUCUCUGCAUUCUAAGCAGUGUCUGUUCUGCAAGACAGGCUCAUUAGUACUGCAGGAGCUGAGAGUCAUCUCCCCAUUGCCCACCAGAUAGUCUGGAGGUUUAGGGCACUGUUCUUUGCAAGACCUCAGCUGACUUAGAUUGAGCUGGAAAUGGCAGGGAUGAAUUCAUCAGCCUGCCUCACCUGAAGGAGUUAAAUCCUGCUCUGCUGCAUGGAGGGUAGACUUGGUAGACUUGUGGCUGCUGCUGCUGUCUUGUAUAUGAAGUGAGGAACUUUGGCUUUUUGAAGGACAGGUUCCUGUGUUAGUGCAUGAAUGGAGGAAUUUCUUUUCUACUUUUUUGUAAUGGGUGGGUUUAAGAUGCAGUCCUGUUCUUAAUGUCUCUUAUUAGCUGGCUCUAGACAGUGAUAUGCUGAUCUCAGAGGUGCGAAGUACUGGCCUGUUGUUCCCUAGCAUAUUUUGCAUUUGGGUGAGAGGGAGAUGGCUGAUGUGGCCUGUAGGCUUUCUGCGGCGGAGUUCCUGUUCUGGGGUGAUAACAGCUAUGCCCCGUCCUUUGGAGUUGUUAUGGCAGCAGGCAGGGACUGUGAAACCCUCCUGUGGCUCUGAAGCUGGAUGCUGUGUGCGAGAGACUAUCUGCUCCCUCCCAAAGCACUUUUGGGAGGAUGCUCAGGGGCUGGGUUGUGAAAUGGUGUCGUAGAAAGCCCCUCUGCCCUGGAGAGUGAAAUACUCCUGCAUAUUGGGGCUCAGUACUGGACUUUGUAUCUGGGGAGAGCUUUUCUUUCACCAUGACUCAAUCUUCUGCUUUUAUCUUUCCUUGAUACAUAGUAGCCUGGAGAAGACCCUUUAGGUAGGUAUGUUUUGUUACUUUAUUUAGCUUCAUGAUUGAUGUUUAUACUAUAGUGUAAUAAACACAAUUACCAUGUCUGCCUUAUUUCAAGGUGUGUGCUUGUGUGUGAAAAAGAUUUGGAUACAUUAACUCUGCCAUCUUUCCUACCUGUGCCUGAGAUAUUAUCUGCUUGCAAUCUUUUCUGAUACAUAACAGCUAUGGAAAGGUAGUAACACUCCUUAUGCUCUUGGAAACAUUUCAGUAGCUUGACUUUGGUAAGCAGUACAGCGGUAAUAGGAAUGAGGGGUGACGUGCUUUGUCUUGCUUUGCAAACUGUCUUCUGGAUCCUGCAGAGCAUGGUUGGCAGUUGGAGGUUGUUCACAUUGCACACUUCACCUGCUGUGCCCACUUGCAACACACUCCAUGUAUAUAAAUUCGUGAGAGGUUGGAGUUCGAAGUCUGGGGACCCCUGAGGCAGGAUGGUUGUGUAUAUGCAUGUGUGUUUGUAUGUGUAUGCUCAGCGGGUGUAUGUUCUCCAGCUUGAGUCAGCUGUGGCUAUUUCCACUUGCUGAGAGGCUGAAAACCAGGUUCCCAUGGCCUAAAUUCUACCUUAGGCUCUGUGCUUGAAGGCCAGGAGUCAGCUGGAAGGAAAUAAAAGAUACAGAGACUUAGGUGCAAUUUAGGGCAUGUGAAUCUGGCUCCUCUCCUGUGAUACUGGUGUACCAUAAGCAUCCAGUGUAGGAAGCUUGUAGUGAACAGGCCACGCCAAUGACUGUAUCUUCACUUUCAGAAGUGUUUCUAGACAUACCAAACUGGAGUCCGCACCUCUAACCCAGGUCCAGUCUGAAUUCUUAAGCCAAUCCCAUCAGUGUUAGACAGAGCAAAGAACCUGAUCCAAGCAGUGUUGCUUAUUCCUGGGAAGAUCCAGACAUCUCACAGCAUUUACCUUCUAGAGGGUAACUACAGGGCUGGGGGAGAGGCCUGGAGCUGUGCUGGUGCAUGUGUUGUAUUCUGGCUCUGGGGGAGGUGGUGGUUGUUUUUGUGGGUUCUUUUUCCCUCUUCUAAAGUUCGAGUGCUUGCAUUGCACUUGUGGCCUAGAAAGACUAGAAAAGGCUGUUACCUGUCAGCACCAUAUAGAUCUGGUGUUGAAUGAGGAAGAUGCUUGGGCUCUCAGACAUGGGGUGCUGAGGGUGCUUUGCAGCAUUUCCAGCAUGCUUGGUGGUGGGGGAACUGAGCCCUCCCAGGCUUACUUGUGGCCAUAAAGAGUGUGAUCUCUCACUAUGUUGGCCCUGGUAAUCUCUGACUAUCAAUCAUCCUCUCCUCAUUUGGAAGAACUUUGACUUAAUAAUAAUGAGAGAUACAUCAGCUUGAGUAAUUUCUGUUUGAAGAUAUUAAGCUCUGUGAAUACUGAAGAAUAUCAUAUCCUAAGCUUUUGAGCAGUUCUGACUGUAAUGUAGUGCUGUUCUUGGAAUGAUUUGUUUCAACUAUAGGGCCAGUUUAAAUAGAGCUAUUUAAGUAUAUGUUGCUGUUCCUCAUACAUCAAAAAGUGAAGUUCAGUGAAUAAUGGGUUAUCAUGGGGCACCACAAUGAGAUAAGAACUCAUCAUAGCUUUGCAAUAAAUGACAAUGUCAUUAAAGGAAAAAAGACUUUUUGUCUGUAAGCUUAAUUGGAAAAGCCAGAAAUCAUGAGUGGAGAUUUUUAGCAUGCUAACCAACUGGAAUAUAUUGCAAUAAGAGCAAAUUUCUGUGUGCAGAGAGUAUCCAAGAUUUUUGAUUGCUGUGUGAGCCACAUAGCUGUGGGAUAUUUUCCCAUGUGUGCCUUCUAUGUAGAUAAGUGACAGUACCUGAUGACUGCUCCUGGAGGGGAAAUGUAGUACGUUAUUAUUGAACAGCUUUCCAAGAUGCAGCAGUUGUCAUUAGAACUCAACAGUGGACAAUGGAGCUGUAUUUGGCAGGUGUUGACUUUUUUUUUCUCUAACUUUUAAUGGCAAUAACUUGCAGUUAUGUCAUGCUGUAGUUUUAAACUAUGCAAGGCAGUUUGACUCGUUUAUGUUCUUAUUCAGGUCUUUAAUGUUCACACAGAAGAAGAUGACUUCUGGGCUUGCUGAUCAUAUGGGUUGGAGGUGGGGAUAACUAGUCAUGGUGUACAGGGCUAUUAGGCACUCGUUCUUUCACUGGGCUUUAUAACAGCCACUACGCCUGAAUUUCCCUGUCUGCAGAAUGAGUCCAUCCUGCAGUUUAUAAAGAAUUUGUGGUGCUUACUUUAACUUAGUGCUUUUAGUAAGUAGAAUCAUUGUAUGACUGUGGUCUCAGUUGUAGUUAGCAGGACACUGCGAUUGGCCCAUCUGCAACAGCUCUGCCGGAAAGGUCUGAUCUGCAGGAGCCCUUGUUUGCUCUUAAGAAUGACAUGCAAUUGAGCAUCUGGGAAAGUCUGCUAUGGUAGAAAUUAACUAUAAAUUUAUACUUGAGGAUUUUUUAAUUGUUAGGCUUAAAUUGCUUAUUUCCUACCAGUUGUAGGACUUCUAAAACUUGCUUUUUCUCCUUACAUAAGAAAAAUGAGUUUGGGCAAAUGCUAUGCUAUGGGUAAGAUGUGGCAGCAAUAGUACAUGAGGAGAGGUGUGAGGAAAAAGACAGCUUCCUGCUCUGUGUUGUUUCUGAUUUAUUUUUUUUUCCCCUUCCUAAUUACAUGGAGUUAUAAGAAUGAGCUGGUAGGAUAUGAAUGUCGCCAUCCCAUUAUAAGAAUUGUGGUCAUGGGUGCCAUGCAAGCAUGAAGCUUCAAGAGACCGGGAUGUGUUUUGAGCACAGACCAGGAAUAAAUCAGGCCUGCACAUGGCUUUCUCGGGUAGAAGGUAAGCUAAGGGAAUGUCUACAAAGCUAGUGCCCAAAACUGGAAUUAUGCUUCCCAUUCCAGUUAAACCAAUACAUAAACAAACCAGCUCACUUGAUGUUCCCAUUAAUUUGGACUGCUUACCUUUCCAGUUUUUCCAGCUUGUGAUUUGGGCAGAAUGAGCCAGUCGGAAAAAUGGCAGUCUGGAACUGGCCUGACUCGUCUCUGUCUCUCCCCAGAAAGCCAGUUUCUUUUCUACCACCAAAAUAGGGACUGGCUCCACAGCUAUUGUUUAGGACGCCUGAGACUCCACAGCAAAGUCAUCUGCCAUUGCCUAGAAAAAGGACAGAAAAGGAAAACUUGUAAUCAUUUGCCAGCUCCUUCUGUACCUCUCUACCUACUAAAGGCUUUUCUCCACUGUACAAAUGGUGUAGCAGCUGUGGCUUGAAAACCACUGGGGCUUUCCCCUCACCCUGGGGUAUAUUAUUGUAUCCAGCCCUGGCACAUUUACAAGCCCAGGCAGCAGAAGCUGCGUGUGGGGCCAGUGUCACGUCUGUGCUGAGCCUGCUGCUUCUGACAGACCUACUCUGCUUGUGUCUCCUUCCAACGCGGCCACAGCGCAUGAAGCAGGACAGCCCAUGGGAAAAUAAGUUGUGCUGUUCUUCUGAGUUGAGGCUUUCAAUGACCCUGAGCCUCUUGCCCCUCAAGAUGCUAGGGUGUAGCACAAAUAAAAGCCUUUCCUUUUUAACGGAGGACCAGACAUUUGUGUUACUGAGGGAUCUCUGGAACUGGUUGGAGUGGAUUUUCCCACCACAUGUACGUGUAAGAGGGAGCACAGUACAGAGAAGGAGACUAGGUGCUCAGUACAACAUUUAAUUGUGUAACUCCACUGCAGUGGGCUGUGUCUCUGACUUAACCAAGAACCACUGAAGGUGCAUAGCCCCCCUGUGUCCUCCUUCUUCCAGGAAGUCCUGACAAGCUUCUGGCUAAACAAUCAACAAGUCCACAGAGUCCUUUUGGUGUUUUGAUGCCUGUGGAAAGAGAGGUUGGCAGUGGGAGUAAUUUUCUAUCUUGUGUUGCUGACCGUGACAAAAAGAAAGUUGGCUUUCUUGACCUAGAAUGAUGCCAAGGCUGCGUGCAGGCUGGAGAAUGAAGCCAGCACUCUUCCUUCAUGCCUUGGGUCUUUUGAAAGAGAUUUCUUUGGUAUCAAAGUAGACCCUAACCUUCCAUGGGAUCUCCUGGUGGAAUCCAGAGGUCUGUAGUUGAGAUCUCAGGCCUGCCUCCUCCUCAGGCUCACCUUGCUAUCAGUUUUUAUAUAGUUCUGCAUGGGGCAGUGGUAUAGAUUUUGAUGUACUGAAUUCUCACCAUCACUAAGGGCUCCAUGCUUUUGGAUGCUGCCUGUGUAUCAGUGGAUGCAGCUGGUACGCUCACCUACCAAAAGUGUUUCGUUUCUUUGCUAUUGCUAGAAGCCAUUCUUAAGUAUGUUCUGCCAGACAAAAUAAAACCUGUGAAUCUCAAAAACUUGGAAUCUUGAAGAAGACCAAGUAGGGAAAUUGUAUCCUUGCCAGCACCAAGGCCCUCUGACACAGCAGUGAUCCAUGUCUGCUGAGACUCCGGAGAUCAGGGGCUGGAUUUCUCUUUUUACACUAAAGGUUGCCAACCUGUGACCAACAGAAGUGGGGGGGCGGGAGGUGGGAAAGUAAAGAAUGAAAUACAAGUUGGUUUAAUUGGUGAAAGAAAAAACAAAUAUGCUGGAAACCUGUAAGCAAAUUGGCUUGAGCUUAUGAUCAAAAGUCUUGCAGUAAUUGGCUAUGAUCUGCUGUAAUGUUCACACGUUGUACUGGGGUGGGAUUUUUGUUUGCUGCUGGCUUGCUUUUUAGUCUUACAUGCGCAUGAAGAGGAGGAAAUAGCCUGUCAGGUGGCCAGAAGCAGGAAACCAUCUCCUACAUGUGCAUGUAAGGGACUGAUUUUUCAAUAACCGAAGCUGGGAGUAAACUGCAUCUUACACCAGGAAAAAAAUAGAUUAAAUGAAGCUGCUGGAGUCGGUGAGUGUGUGGAAUCGCCUGGCAGAGGAGAUGCUGCCUGCAGCAUUGCACAUCAUUCUGGCCUGAGUGAUGUUGUGUCGGGGAGCUGGAGAGGCUGAAAUCCUCUGUGUUGGUUCUGAACCUGGCACACGUCAUAACUGAGAUUUACUGUAGGUUCCGGUGGGAGUGAGUGGGAGAAACUGAGAGGAUCGCAAACUCCCAGAACGUCGUUUGGAUGCUGUGUGUACUUGCAUGAGGAAUACCACUUGGGAAAGAGUUACUCCUCCUUCUUUAGAGGGAACCAGGGAUCAGCUGAGAACAUUUGCUCUAGCGUUUCAUAGUAGUGUAAAACUCAGUCAUGGGAUUUUUAUUUUUGAAUAGUUAGCAAAUUAGGGAGUAGUGAUAAAAGUGAUUAGAGCCGUGAUUAACUAUGUUGCUUUUGAUUUUGUGGCUGAACCAAAAAUAUGGAGUGGUUUGAACUGAAAGACGAAAAAAUUCUUUUGCUAGCAUGAAAAAUUACGAUUUUUGGGUAAUCAUAAAAUUAAGUAUUUUGGAUUGCCUAAAAUUCUUCAGGUUAAAUAGUAAAUGAUUGAAAACCAUUUUCUAGUUUUAGAGAAACAGGAAUCUUAAGGGCUGUUCAUCAAAUUAAAAUUUAUUUCAGUGCUCCUGAAUCCACAUUUUGCUGAACAUCAUGUGGGACAGAUUCACCUGCAGAGGGAAAGGGGGCUGUUGUCUUCCCAGCUACUCACUACAUUAGCAACUUGAAUAUCUCCUGUAUCGAGGAAGUGUAAUCACAACUGUUCAGCUCCCUUAUUCAGAGAGUGCUGUGCACAUCCUUGAAAUAAUUCCUGAGACCAAAAAACUUCCCAGCAUAAAAGACAGAUAAAACUGAAAGUCAGUCACAGUGAGAAACAGAGGGGUUUUGUUUGUUUGUUUUUCCUGAAGAGCAGUAUGCAUGUGGAAGGCAAAUGAAAAUGAUUCCCUAAUGAAAAAGCAGUAAAAGAGCUGAAGAGCACAGCUAAACAAAGGUCAAACCGUGUUAGACUGAAUGCAGACAGAGGCUAAACCUAUUUGCAAUACAUAGAGAGAGUGCAGUAUAAAAUGAAGGUGGCCAGCCCAAGGAAUAUUACUGUGCAUAGAUGAUACACAUAUAUGUAGAUAAUAUAUGCAAUCAUAUGUUCUGAAAGCCUGUCAUCAGAACAAAUUGCAGAGCACAGAAUGCGCAUAGGAGGUCAAAAAGAUGUAGCUGGAGAACAUAAUACCAAGAUCACCACAGAAACUGUGUUCCUUGGGGGUCGCUUUGUUUAAAGCAACCCUUUAAGGCUUUACAAUACACAGGCAAGCAAAUUCACAGAAAGUGAAUUUCAAGGUAGAUGCUGGAGGUAGGUCCAGUGAAAUUUCAAAGGCAUGAAUGCAGAAAGGAUUUGUGCCUUACAAAAUCGAAAAAAUAAGCCCCCUCAGAUUGAGCUGCUGGGCACAAGGUCAGCCCAUGUGGCAAAGCCUGUGUUGGCAGGUCUGUAUAAAGUUUGAUACUAUUCAGUAGUGCUUUGUUAUGGAACAGAAAGUCUCAUGAGCCUGAUUGGAAACACUCUGCAAACACGUUUUUACAAAUUUAUGCACUGAGAAGUGUUUUCAAAGAAUACAAAAGGCAUUUCAAGGAAGAGUGGAUUAAGGAAGUUGUGUGAGAUACUGAUAGGGGCCCUUGCAUCCCAACAGUGUAUAUGAUCCAUACUGCAUCCCCCUUGUCCUUGAGACAUGAAACAAAAGGUGAAAGUUUUACAAAUAAGUGUUGCUGAUUGAAUGUAGUUUAUUAGCGUAUGGUUCUGGUUUAAAGAAAUAAAUGCUAUUUUGAACUCUUAUCUGUGUACAGAAGGCCUAAAUGAGGCCACCUUGAGAACCCUUUACCCCAGUGUGGUUACAUGAGGAAGGUACAGAGAUGAGAAGACUUCCAAAAGAGGAAAUAGUGUCUAGACUUCAAAAUGCCAGUUCUCAUUUUUGUUUGAGGUGGUGAUAUCCUGUCUGGUAUCUUUGAGCCUGUAUGGAGGAGAAAUAAUUGACCGAGAGAAGGAAACAGUAACAUAAGAUGCCAUAUAUCAUUUCAGAGUAAAAGUUCCGCAACUUUCAUAUUGAAAAUUGUCACCAGCCCUCAAAAUUUGUCACAGUCUAGAAAAGCAGUGUGUAUGAAUUUAAUACCACUAGCCAGCGGUGAUGGAAAAUGUUCUUGUGAAGGUGAUCUGCAAAGUCUUGACUAACUUGCAUGCUGUAGCCAAUGUGCCUUCUUCAUACAUUUUAUGUUAAAGGUUAAAUAUUUUGGCUUCUUUCAUGUUUUCUUGGGGGUUGGGAUGGAUAUGCUGAUUUCUGGUUGUUUUUGGUUUUUUUUUAAUAGGUGACUUGAUAAAUGUAAAUACAGGAUAUUGAACCUAAGGGGUUAUAGUCUCCGUUUCCAGUAGUUCAAAUAAAGUUCCCCCAGUUUUGGAUAUUUUUUGUACUGUGCCACUGAUGUUGGGGGGGGGUGGAUCUCAAACAGCGAUUCCCUUAAAUGAGGAGGAAAACAAUUAUUUAUGUUGUUUGUCGUUAACCUACACAGCAGUAUUAAUGGUAUGUAAAACCUCUUCGGAUAGUUGACUCAAUAGAAAGUUUUGAGAAACUAUUUGAAUUUGAAAUGGAAGUUCCAUGAGAAGACAGGAUAAGACAGAGUUAAAAUCAUCAGGAGGGUGAGUUGGUGUACAUAUGAAGAUCCUCUUGUGAUGCAUUUGUGGUAAGUAAGAAAGCAGAGGAGUGUGUAUUUAGAUGCUGAGGGGAAGAAGCCAUUAAGUGGAACCAAAAAUCUUCAGUGCAGUUAUUUCUUUCACUCAGAUGAUAGUGGUGGUCCACACAAAUGCUGGAAACUUCACUUGAGGUGCACAUAAUUGCAUUUUGUAUUCCUCAAAGUCAAAUAUGCUGGAGUGUUUUUCCAGGUAAAAAUGAUAGUGUAGCACUUCAAGCUUCAAAUGGGUCCUUACAGCCACCAAGAUAAUAAUAUUUUUAAUGUGUAAAAGUUGCGCUUGAAAACAGGACUUAAUGCUGUCGUGUAUCUUCUGUCCCUUCCCAUCUGCACACAUUCACUCACAAAUGAAGUCUGCGCUUUUACCAGGAAUAACAAAAACGAACAAAAGGUGUGAAAAAGUCAGACUUGGCUGAUUUUAUUCCCUCCCUCCCCCCAGACUCUUAAUAUGUUUUAGCGUAUUUUCAUACAGCAAAUUUUAAUUAAGUAAUGUUACUUUACAGUGACUAGGGCUUUCCUAAUCUUAGAAGAGGAAGGCAAUGCAGUUACUCUGAAAACUUAAAUAGUCCUAAUAAAACAUAACUAUUUUCUCUAUGCUGUCAAGUAUUCAAAUUUUCACCUCAGUCCUUUUAUUGAUGGACAGGCGUUGUUUUUUUAAUUAUUUAACUGUGUAAGCUUCUUUGUAGGAGUUUCAGGGGUAUCCCAAGCUUUCUUUUACUCCGUUAUGUUUUCAUGAUUAUUUUCAUCCAUACUCUGAUAGUUCUUGCAACAAAACCGUCAGUGUUUCCCUUUCUCUCCUUUGCAGUUUCUGAGAAGAUGGUACAUUGCUUUUUUUUGUUGUUGUUGCUUUUACUCCUGAUAUUGCAGUGGGGGAAAAAAAAAGAAAAAGGCAAGUGGCUUUUCCCCCACGUUUUUGUGUGCCCACAAAUAGACACACGUGCAGAGUCUUUUCUCUCCCACAUGUGUGCAUGCAUGCAAGCACACAGAAGGAGUUUCGUCUUGCCUGUGCGCAGCCAGAAGAGGCCGGACACGGCUGUCUUCAGCUCCGUGGAACUUGGCACCCUCCCGCCUCCAGUAAACAACGGCCUGACGUCAGCUCACGCAGCGGCGAUAGCAGGAAAACUUGAGAGAUUUUUUUUUCAACUGGCCAAGCUGUUGAAAGGCUAUCGCUGGGUUUGAUAAUCUCUGGCUGCACUUGAGAGGAAUCGGUGCAAAGGUGGGGGAAGGAAUGGUUGGUUAGUGACAGAAAUAAUAGAGCAAUUCCUGAUAACUUCACGUGGAGCGGAGGGGUGAUUUUUAAGUGUUACACCAAAGGGUGUUUUGAUUCCCACCUUGUCAGCUGUAGUUGUUCUCUCCAGUGUUAUUCCAGGUUCUGAAAUCCUGGCUGCUCUGUAUAAUUCACAUGCGUUCUGUGUUGGAAGUCGGAGAACAAUUAAAGUACCGUAUAACAGUCAAUCAAGCAGAUGAUGAAAUUUGACUUUCCUAUUGUGUUGAAUUAAUCACUUUCAUUAUGAUUUUAAUUUCUGAUGUUUGCUUUAUUCAGCUGUAGAUAUAGUUCAAAGAACUGAGCCCAGUGAUGCUAAGAUUUUUACUAGUUUCUGUAUAUUCGAUUUUUAUUACUGGCAUAGAAGUAUGUAAGUUUUUGAGCCCCUAAAUUGCAAUGACAACAUUCAGACAAAGUUUACUUCAACUUAGGCUAGAAUAAAGGUACCAUUUUGUGGUGUUGCUGUAAGGCCUUUAGAAAAGUGUCUGUUUUCUUGCAAUGCUACCAGUGCCUUGACUGCAAGGUUAGUGGAGCCUCUGUUGCAUUUCUGAAACAGAGCCACUGUGACUUAAAUUUAAUAACAGAUGGUUCUCCUCAUAACCCAACAGUUGAAAGAGACUUUUCUAUUGUUCACUACUACCGCUGAAAACACAUUUCCAUUAUGAACUUACAGUACUGUUAUGCCAAAACCAACAGUUAAAAAUGAAUGGUUUGCUCUGGUAACAAGACAAAACAAACACGAAAAUCAUUGUGUUGUGUGACAGAAUAUCAGAAUAUUAAAGAAGUUGAUAAAUCUACCAGAAUAACUAUUUGAUGGGCUAUUCUUGAAUCAGUGGCACUUCUCAGCAAAUAUUUCAAGGGUAUAAAGAAUAGUGCCUUGACUUCUGCUUUGUUUCUUCUGCUGCUGCAAAGAUAGCAAAAAGUUCAUAUUUCAUUUAGGUCCUGUCAUGAGGGAUUUACAGAGUUUUGUGAAGUCCUGGAAGGGAAUGUGAAUAACUGCCAAUAUUAACAUUUUCUAAUGUACAAAUUUUUACAUCUGUUUUUGGGGUAUAUUCAAACUAGAUUAAUCAUAAAAUCUGUUUUAGUGGGGAGGGAGAAGAAUCCAAGAGGCAAAGAAAAAUUGGACUUUUUCUAUGAUGGUGUCUGUCUUGUUAGUAGCUUUUUAGCCUUUUGACCAGGCCUGAUGGAGAUGCACAAGUCCCUAAGGUUCACAGCUUCUGUGAAAGUGGGCAACAAGGCGAAGAUCCGUUUGAGCCCAUAGUUCUUAAUUAAUUAAUUGAGAUCAAAAGCAAAUGCAGGAUAGAUCUGUGCAUCUCUUUAAGAGAACGAUACAACUGGGAUUGCUGAUCUUGCAGAAGGGAAGGAAAGGGUGAACAGCAGCUCUUUCAAAACCAGGAAAGUCCUGACUUUCUGUGAGUGUGACUGACCUUGGAGACUCGUGUAGCUGCUUAGCAUCCUGCUCCCCAGAGGGGCUGGCAUGUGGCAGGGCCUGACUGUUUGUGAUUUAGGACAAGAGACCAGAAGUCAAGCUGUUGAAAAGUGUCUGCUUGAGAGCUUGUGGUAGCACAAGAGUUAACAGCUCAGGUAAGGAACUUGUUCAAGAGAAAUUGGAGAGAGCAAAACUUUCCAAAAUCUCAGGUGAAGUACCUGGGCUGGCCAUAGGUGAGUUGACAACUGGCUGUGGGCAGCAUUGAAGCUCUGCUGCGGGGCAGGAGAUGUUUCAGGUGGGUGGGGAGGUGACCUUCCCCCAGCUGCAGACUUCUUACAUUUCAGGGCCCAUGGGCAACUCCAGCAUCACAACUUGGGACCCAUGCAAAUGUGAACUUGCCAGUGUGUAGGAGAAAGGCCUCUUCAGUUGUCCUUCCCAGGCAGGUGUGACACAGGCAGGACGGUGUUACCUGUGCACAAAGUUUGGAGCAGGUUGCCUUAGCCAUGUUUAUUAUCUUUUCCUUUUUCUGUGGUCUGGAGUCAGGCUGCUCAACUGUGAGGCUGUCGCAUUUUCUGGGGUCUCCCUUGCGCCUGGGCAGGGUGAAACUCUGAUUUGUAGGACUGUGAAACUCUUACAGUGGACUUAGCUGAGAAGGAAUCUCAUCCCAGGUCACUUCAACAGUAUUGUGUGUUGCACAGGGCUUGCCACAACCCUCAGCAGAACUUCCCCUUCCAAAAAUCAUACCAGCAACUCACAAACGCAGUUAAUCUCUCAGCUGCAGUCUCACUGAAGGUCUGUAAUGCCAUGAAUGGGAGCAGAUGUGCGGUAGGAAAGUUCCUUUUUUUUCCCCCUUCCUUUACUGUCUCUCAUCUUGUCCAACCAGCCUGCUACUGCUCUAAGCAGCGCUAUGAGCUGGUGGGAAAGACCUGUCCAUUUUGCCUCUCCCUCUAAGUGGGUAACGUUUGCAUUUGCUGCCAGCAGUAAGAGUUACCCAGUGCUGCUUGCACUGGCCUUGAGCUAAACCACAAGUCAGAGACGCGUUACAGCAUGUUUACACUUGCUGGGAACCUGCAGAAUGGCCUUUCGGAUAGCCAGCCCUGCUUGGCCCUUUUCUUUAUGUAACAAAAGUUACUGGAUGGUGGUUGAGGUUACGGUUCACUUUGUACUGAGUGGAGCAUUAAGUUUACCUUUAAUGUGGCCAGGGAUCCAAUAAUACAGAAUUUUAACCAGUUGCAAAUAUCUUGAAUUUGCUUCUGGUUUUAUAGAGAUAGUCCUAAAAAGGCUCCUAAAUAGGCCGGUCUGCUAUCAAGGUGUAAUUUUGGUACAAUUUUGUCAUGCAUCUUAAAAGGAAUUAUCCUUCCAGAAAGAUUUAGAAAAAUCUUGUGGUCAGCCCCAUCAAAAUAAUGUUGCGAGGCUUCCAAAGGAAUGAUGCUGAGUACUUCUUUUUGUUCUCAGGUUAUUUCUUUUGAUCCUUGCAGAUUUAUAUUUUCAAAAUUUUAUGUAAUCUAAGGGGCUAAAAAAACAAAAGACAGAGUGAAGUUUUCAUUUAUUCACUUCUCCGUACUGGGCAACACUGCACGCUGCUGCCUUUGCCCCUUCUGUGCUACUCUAAUGGUUACAACUUUUCUGAAUAGUGAAGAAUCAUCAUUAAGGAUGGGCUCUUCCCAUGCUUGAUCAUGAUGUGAGAUGGAGCAGACUGCACAAACAGCUCUGGGCAAGACCGAGGGAGGGUUCUUACCAGCAUUUACUGCUGGAGCUUUGCUGCAUUAUAAGGCCAGAGCUGUUCCCUGACUUGUCCUGUGUCUGCUCCAGCACUUACAUCAGUGAGUUAACUAAGGUGAAGGUCAGUCCCCAGUAGAUGUUGUGGAUUUGGUGUUUUCUUGUUUAAGACACUCCUACAAAGUUGAAGGAGCAGAAUAACUCUGCAACUUGCAUUGGCUCCAUCUAAACUCACCCCCCACCCAAAAUUUGCAGGUUUGGUUUCAUACCUUGGCGAGGUCAUCACAGCUUGUUGGCAUAAAGUCUGGGUUCCAACUUAUGGAGACCAGCAAGAGCAAAAAUGGGGGGAGCCACAAUGAUUUUGCUUAUAGCUUAGAGAUGGCCACCAUGACCCGUUCCUUCCUUUUUUUUUUUGUUUUUCUUCUUUAUUACUAUUAUUUUCCCCCUAGAAGGCACAGGCUCCUGUGAGGCAUGUGGCACCUUCACAGCCCCUCCCUUGCUCAUGACUCACCAAACAGGAGACCAGUCCCACCCAGAGGGAUCCCAAAGCUCCCCAUAGCCUUUUUCUCGGACUGGAAAGGUUCUAUUCCUUAUUGGCCUUUUUAAGGGCAGUAUUAAGCACAUUAAACUUACUGAUUUCUUCUUGUUGGCAAUGUCAUGAGAGCCCAACAGGGAGGAGGAAGACGUCAAGAAAACCAGAGCAGAGGGUGAGGUAAACUGGUGAGCAGGAGGAAUCUGACUUUUAUGGAUCUACACACAGCAAAACAGGGAUUUGUGUGUUAUUAGGACAGUCAGGUAAAGUACACAGCACUCCGUUCAGCUCGAUGGUACUGUUGCUCCCUGUUGAGGCCUCCCCAGUUUUACCUUUGCAAAUGCCAUGGAUAACACAGUAUGGUUUAAAAAAAAAAAAAAAAAAAACAAAAACACAACAAGCAAGCAAAAAAAAACCCACCCCACGCAACCAAAAAAAGUCUUGCAGCCAAAAUGCCUGUUUCUACUGCUAAAAACUCAAUUUUAUCAGUUCUCCAAUAAUGUGUUGAAUUAAAAUGACUGAAGACUUUAAUUACAAUACUGAUUUUAUUUUUGUUUUUGGUAGCAAUAGCAGUCAAGCAAUGGCACGCUGACAAAGACAGCUCUGAAUGAGUAGCAAUCCUGAGGGGUGCCCCAUCUCCCAAAUCUUGACGAAGAAAGCAAGUUGCUGCCUCUUCAAGAUUGUUUUCUUGUCCUUUCUGUUGGUGACAGGCGUAAGUGUCAGUAACAUCUGCUGGCCUCCGCUUGCGUCUUUCUGCAGCUCUGCUCUCUGGCAGGGCUGCGUGGAGGGGCCAGGAGCCCCGGACACCCUGUGCCAAGCACCCAGGGUGGCUUUGCCAACCAAAGCCUUCAGCAGAACCUCGUCUGCUGUAGCCGCAGCACUGGCUUGGCACAACUGGCAGGGCGCUGCUUAUCUUGUGGUAGUUUAUUAGGCCAUGACUCUCAGAAGCGGCAGAUUUUUUUUUCUUAUUUUCUUUUUGAAUAAUGAAUGUUAUUUUAAGCAAAAUAGAGGGCUAAACAGAUCAACAUGUGAAUCUGAAACCAUUUUCUGUUAGCUUUGACUUUGAGAGUUACUAUAAAUGAUAGAUAUUACAGAGAUCACACUUCUUUCACAAUCCAUUCUUUAACUGGUUUCUGCCUUUCAACAAUGUUUUGUGAGUGACUAGUUUUCUUUCUUUGCUCUGUCAAGUUUCCUUGAUGGUGGCAGUAUUUUCCAGAGCAAUUGGGAGAGGAAGUAUAUCUGCAUAUAUUUUAGCAGGGACAUGGCAUCUAUAAAGUCACAAGAAAAUAAGCAGACUGUAAAGACAGAUGCAGGCCCUGCUUUAUUUAUUUAGUAUUUGUUUGCUUCAGAGUUGGCUGGGUUUCCUUUUGGAAGGAUGGGACCAAAAGUAUUUUGGUUUGCUUUGCUUUUUUGAAGUAAGGCAUAGGUUUCUCUGCUGCCUCCUAAGACUGGUUGAUUAAUUUUAAUUUUUUCAUUUAAAACAAAAAAAAAAGCCAUAACCAAAACCCUAAAGGAAUAUGUGGAGAUUUUGUCUAUUUUAUGUCACAUGUGAAAACAAUGUAGAAAAAAAAGUGCAUCUGAGAGUCAAAUUUCCCUCAGACUUGUAAACUGCUAACAAGUAGUGAUCUUACUGCUUUCUCUUGGGUUGUACAGUACCUGUGAUAUACAGAGGAAAAACAGGCAGUAAUGCGAUGCUGUGCUUUAGAUCCAUUUUGGGGGGGAGGGAAGGAGGUGAUUUCCCGACGUUAUUUUAUGUGCAAUUUCCUGAUGGUGAGAAGUUUUAAAGACUCUUGUAAUGAUUUAUCUGGAGACUUUCUUCUAAGAGCAACAUGCAGCCUGAAGUUGUGCUAUCCUAUACUUCACACAAAACAGCCUUAUACAAUAAUCCAGUUGUUUCUUCCUUCUGAGCACACACCAAGUGCGUGCAGCGAUUAUCCUGGAGUCUGCAGGCAGCUGCAACACAAAAGGACUUUGCGUGGUUUGCUUUUGCUUUCUCUUCCUGUUCCCUCCAUUUUCAUAUAUGUUUUUCAAAAGGCUGAGUUUCUGAUGGACUAUUCACUGCAAGAUCAGUGGAAAGUGAAACUGUGUUUUGGGGCUUGUUUUGUUAAUUCUUUUGGUUUUCAUAUGGCGCAUUAUCAAAGGCACUGUUCUUAAUAUUAAAAACAACUCAGUGGACUGAGAAAUUAAAAAUGUCAAUUGAAAGAAAUGAAAAUCUGAACUUUAUCUAUAGGAAAUAUUAAUGAGAGGAGAUGCUGAGUGUGUCUUCCCCCUGCAGAAUGCCGAGCGUAGUCCCUUUGCGUAAUUUAGGAGUAACCCUGAACUACCUCUAAGUAGCUGGAAGUAAAAAGAUUAGAAAUAAGUUGAUAACACAGUUUCUCUUCAAAUGCUUCCUCUAAAUGUUCAAUACUGUGUCCCUGAGGAAGUCCCAUUAUUAAAGCUGAGUGACUAUGAAAUCACCUUGACUGUGAGGUGUAGAUAUUUGAGUUAUGGGGAUUUUCCUCAUCUCACCUUUACAGCUUUCUUUCUGUGGUCUUCAUUGCAAUGAUUGCACAGUUACUUGCAAAACUUGUCCCUCAGUGUUUAUAUGAUCUGCAGUCAAGGCUAAUUGACAGGGGUGAGAGGAAUUACUACGUGUAGUCUAGGCAUAUAAACUCAAUCAGGUUAUUAACUGAUCCUAAAGGUUCCUGCAAACUUUUUCUAACUUGUUCACAAAUAAAUGCUGAAGUUUCUGUGCUUUUGUUCACAAAUAAAUGCUGAGUUUCUGUGCUUUUCGGACACCUUUUUCCCCUCGUUGUAUUAAUAACAGUAACAAAAACAACAGUGCACACUUCUAAUUGACCUACAGAAGAUCCUAAUGCACUUUGCAAAUGAUAUAUACUUGAACAUGGGAACUCUUCCUCUCCUCUCUGACACAGCCUGGCGUGGGGUGGAACGCAGCAGCUGUUUGACAGCGUGACAGCAGAUGCGCCAUUGGGACGAGAAGUAGGAGAACUCCACUGUGGCCUGUAGAAACUAUGAAGAAUUUAAGGUCAGCAAUCAGGAGGUGACUUUCCUGGCUGGCGUCUAGGCGGGAGGGAGAAGCCGGCAGAAACUGAACCAAAGAGCGACAGCUUCCCGAGGCCACCGCGAGAGCAUCGCUGCCCUUUCCUUUACUGAUGAUGCUGUGAGACGGUUUGGUCAAAACCCUUUCCUGGAAAAGGGAAAGAAUUUUGCUUCAUCACUCAGGAGCAUGGGCUACCAAUCCUGCCAGACCCUACUCGUUGCUGUCCUGUUUUUCUGCUUCACCAAGAGAGAGAUCAUUGAGGAGGGUUUUUGAAUGAUCUACGAGCGACCUGGCCUCAAUCAGGCAAGCUUUGACCAUCCUUGCUCAAAGAGAAGGCUGCACUCAGGCUAUGCCUGUGGCCCACGUCAGAUAUAUGUUGGGGAAAGGAGGAAAGCGGAAGUUUGACGAGCAUGAAGAUGGGUUGGAAGGCAAAGUGGUAUCUCCCACUGAUGGUCCCUCUAAGGUGUCUUACACCUUACAGCGUCAGACUAUCUUCAACAUUUCCCUUAUGAAACUCUAUAACCACAGGCCAUUAACCGAGCCGAGCUUGCAAAAGACAGUUUUAAUCAACAACAUGCUGAGGCGAAUCCAGGAAGAGCUCAAACAAGAAGGCAGCUUGAGGCCCGUGUUCGUCACCGCUUCGCAGCCCGCCGACCCUCUCAGCGACAACUUCCGCGAGGCCCAGCCGGCGUUCAGCCAUCUCGCCUCCCAGCCCCUUCUCCCCGCCGACUUCAUAAGCACUACGCCCCUGGAGUCCUGCCUCACCCCGGCCUCUUUGCUCGAGGACGACACUUUUUGCACUUCCCCGACUGUCCAGCAUGAUGGUCCGACGAAACCACCACCUCCUGCUCUCCAACCAGUAAAGGACAGCUUCUCCUCAGCCUUGGAUGAAAUCGAGGAGCUUUGUCCAGCACCUACCUCCGCAGAGGCAGUAGCAGCCGAAACAGCAGCCGAUGACUCUAAAGACCACCCCAGCGAGUCCGGUGUUCAGAAGCCCGAGGGCUUCCCCGAUAGCAGAACGGCCGACUCGAAACUCAUGGACUCGCUACCCGGCAACUUUGAGAUAACAACUUCCACAGGUUUCCUCACAGACUUGACCCUGGAUGAUAUCCUAUUUGCUGACAUUGAUACGUCCAUGUAUGAUUUUGACCCCUGCACAUCUGCCACGGGGGCUGCCUCAAAAAUGGCUCCUGUCUCAGCAGAUGAGCUCCUAAAAACUCUGGCUCCGUACAGCAGUCAACCAGUAACUCCAAAUCAGCCUUUCAAAAUGGACCUCACAGAACUGGAUCACAUCAUGGAGGUGCUUGUUGGGUCUUAAAAUAUAGAAAUAUAGCAACCUUUUUUUUUUUUUUUUUUUUAAUUUUAAAUACCAGUACUUGGUAGUAUACACUUGGUAGUAUUUCCGUAGUCCCUCCCACCCCCAAUUCACAGCACUGUGCAUGCGUCCUUGCUUGCCUUUUUUGAAAAGAAAAGGAUCACACUAGUUUUUGCUUCGAGCAGAGUUGGAGUGCCUUCAUCCAUGUAUGACCACUUCUAAUGUAUUUUUUUUAAAGUGGUUCCUCAAGGAAGACUGAAUAUCCUGGUAUAGGAAAAGAAUAUGUAUUGUAGACAAUGUUAUGUUAUUACAAAAAAAAAAGUAAAAAAAAAAAAAGUAAAAGCUAAGCACAAGGAUUAUGUUGGGGAAAGCUGUAAAUUGCAUGUGCAUAUUUGUCUAUUUUUUCUAUAAGUUUUAUUGCAAGAGGUAAAAAAUUUUAUUAUUUAGAUAAUCUCAAUACCAUUUUAGCCCUGUAUAGGUUGACUUAGCAAUUCAGCCUUUUGGAGGCAUUAACCUGCUCCUCUUUAAGUGUUGCAUUUACAUGGCUGUUUAGAAACUGCUGCCCAAAUUUAUUUUAUAUUUUUGUACAGAUUCUGCAGUUUAUGAUAUUGUUUUUUCUAAAAAACAAAUGCUGUUUAUACACACAAAAAAUAGCUAUUUUGAUAGGAUUUGCUCACAUAGUUCCUGCAUAAUUCAGAUGUACAAGAACCACUUGUACUUUUAUACAGAGUUGUAAUGUUUUAUAUGUGUAUGGUGCAAAGAGAAAAUUGGAUCAAAUAAGCCUGCAGUCGGUUUCCCUGAGUGCAAACAAACAAACAAACAAACAAAAAAGUGCUUUAAGAAAGGGCUGGGAGCUGCUUCUGUAGGAGUUUCACAAGUGUUUGCUCCCUGCUGUACCCACUGCACACUACUGUGAUUCCUGAAACUUAGAGCCAUGUCCUUUUCCAACACCUACGUGAAGCAGUUGGCAGGAAACAGUUGUGGAACUUCACCCCAAGAGGUCCCAAGUGCCACCGCGGCUGCAGCGUCCCAGCGCCGGGCAGGGGUCCCCGGGCCCGUCCAUCCCGCGCGACGUGGAGCGGUGUGGAUCAGCGCUUCACCCCCAGCUCCUGGGAAGGGUUCUGAGGGGGGACGUGCCCAUCACUCACCCAGAACCAACCUCUCGUGUCAACCUUCCCUCCCGACGGGCGCGUGUGCGGGCGGGCGGGAGCCGUGACAGCGGCCACGCGCCUUUCUUGGAGCAUUUCUCCUCGCGUCUCCCCCACCUCGCUGUGCUAAGUGCUGAAAAAAUGGCAACUUCAGUAUUACUGCAGUGAAGCUCAUCUCUGACCUGCACUGGAUGGACUCGCUUUAAAAUCCAUUGCUGUGGAAACUGGAGCUAGUCGUGUUACAUCACUUGGCAUCUCGUAUAGGGUUGGUUUCUUGUAUCAACUGUGUUACCUGCUUUACGCUUUAUAGACCUGUUCUACAACGAAUAUACAGACACAGCUUUCUAUGCAUGGUCCCGUUCCCCGUAACGCCUGAGAAGUCUUCUCAUUACUGCACCAAUAGCAUUUUUUAAGUUCAUUGUGGUGUACAUUUAAUUUAAAAAAGAAAAAAAAAAAUAUUUGCAAUGUAUCAUGCCUAUUGCUGAAGUUGCUAUGGCAUUUUAGUUUCUUUUCAAUGGUACUUUAGCUGUUGAGCGCCGGUUACAACCUAUAUUGUUGACAUGCCUAUGGCUUCUUUAGGAAUAACUUUUAUAUUUAUUUAAGAAAUUUUAAAUUAUGUUUUACGUCAUUUGGCAAUAUUCAGUCAGUUCUGCUCCCUUCUUGUCAUGGAUGAAAUUGGGUCUUGUCUGCCUUUUAUUUCAGGAGGCAGCUUUUUAUAAAUUGGCACUUUAAAACGGGCCAUAUAUAUAUAUAUUUAUUAGUAUGUAGCUAGAGAGAUGUAACAUAGAUAGGCACACAGACACAGUAUAAAAGCAAAUACGUCUUUUGCAAUGAAGGAACUCCUCAUCGAAAUGAAAUGCAUCAUGUACAAUUACGAAAUGCGCUUCUGGCUCCUAAUUCAUCUGCCAGGGUGAGACGUGGGGCUGGGGGAGGGAGGGGGGACCAGGCCCAGGGAGUGGGUUUGUUUCCUUAUUUUUUCUUUUCCAAGCUGAACUCAGUGAAGCAGCAGGAUGCUGAUGGAUUUGCAGUUGUUUCCUUAAACAGAUUAAAAAGAUAAUAAUAAUAAAUUUUUAAAAAAUCAUUGCUUCAAACAGAAAACCAUUGACCAAGUGUAGCUUUAAGGGACCAUCAGAAGCAGGGGGUGGGGAGGAGGGGGCUGCUCCAUCUCACCCCAGCAGUGACGGGACGUUGCUCGAUCCUCGUAGGAAAACCAGCAGCCCUGCGCUCUUGUAAGCGGAAAGAUGUUUGUGUGUCUGUCCGCACACGGUAACAUCAGCAGUUUCACAUGGUAACUUGGUAAACGCUUGCCUUACCAUGGUUAAAAACUCAUUUGCAGUAUGCUGGAGAUGCCCUUUUCUUUUUUUGGGGGGGGGGGGGGGGGGGAAAUUAAUGCAUUUAAACAAAUACUGUAUGCUAAGGAAAAGUUCACAUCAAUGCCAUUUUUGGAGAGCUACGCUCUUAAGUGGGAUUAGUUGAAGUUUUUGUAUCUGCAGAACAGGAGAUGAGCUCUAAAUCCCCUUUACCCCUGGGAAGACUCUGUCUGUGUAUCCUGGGUGCGUGUCCCAGGGCAGCGGCCGUACGGGAAUCCCAUGGGACACAAACGUUCCCAACAGCAAGUGGUGCUGGUCUGGAAUGGCGGCAGAAGGGCCCCGCUGUGGCUUUGUCCCCUCACCGUCACUCAGUGUCACCAGCGUGGCCUUCGCCCAGCCACACGUGGCAUUUCUCCGAGACCUGCGCCAGGGGUGGAGAUUGACAUUAAAUGUGCAAUGAAGUGACAAGAUGGGAGCAGAAUAAGAGCUUUGGAUUUGAAGUGAUUUUUUUUUUUGUUUUGUUUUUCAUAAAUUAUUUAUUCUUUUUUUUUUUCUUCUGUAAAUAUAUUUAUUUUAUUGUGAAGCUAACAACAUCUGGAUUGUAACAUGUACAGAAUGUAUGGUAGGAAUGUAUUCUCUUGUAGGAAUGUAAAUCUGUAUGAAAAAGGGUAUGGGAGCCAGAUUCAGAGAAAAAUGAAUUGAGUUCCAGUCAGGAUAUGCAUGGUUCACAUGACCUCCCCUCCUCUCCCUCCCUUUUUUUCUAAUAUGGGUCUGGUUGUUUGAAAUAUGCAAAAGAAGGUAUGGAAAGGGGCAGUUUUGUGUUCAAAAUCAGUCCUAGUCCGGCUCCUAACCCUGUCAGCUUCUCGAGACAGGGCCUCCCCUGGCGCUCUGCUGGAAUCUGCGACCAGAGCCAGGAGCAAACGCAAUGGCCUCCAGCCUGCUGGCCGCCUAAAUGUUUGAAAAAGGUGAUUUUUUAAUUUUUAUUUAACGUUUUUAAACACACACGGGAAGCCCAGCCUGGGGCUGGAGGGCUGAGUAAGGUUGCAGGGUGUCACCUCCAGCCCCUGAAGUUGUGACGACAGAGCUGACACCACCUCAUCACCAGAAGGUAAGGCCAGGCAGGAAGUCAGGAGCACACUUUGCGGGGGGUUCCAACUCCCUGCACUGGUCUGUGUGUCCCUCCACCUGGUCCUUGGCCACCACAGGUCCCUUCCAGAGCCCAGCGGGACCCCACAACCCUGUCCAAAGGAAGGGGAACUUCAGGAGAACAUCUUGAGCAGCAUCAUGUUCUGAUGCAUCCAUCUGGCACCUUCCUUGAGGCCUCCAGAGCAGCAAGGCAGUAAAGCCGCCCUCUGAAGCAAUCACUGGAAGAAUAAAUUUGGACCUUGUGAAAGGUGAUUUGUUUUUUCCUCAACGCUGUGUGGUAAUAACCUGGGUUGUUUAAAACCAAUGCGUUUUGAAUCCAAAGUUUACACUCUUAGCACCAUUAAAUUGAGUAAAUCGUAAUGGGCCCUGUCUGGCAAACGGUUUAAUUCAGUCUGGCAUAUUGUGAAAUUUGUUACAGGGUUUCUUCUGGUUUUGGUUUAGGGUUUGUUUUUAUUUUUCUUCCCUCCAUCAGGUUUCAGUAUCCUGCUUCUGUGCAAGUCGCUUUCAGUGCUUCUAUUAAUUAAUGAGACUGAACAUUUUUGAAUAAAUUACUUAUUUUUAUAAGCACUUUUUCUUUUUCCUGAAAAUUAGCCUCAUGUAAGCUCUGGAACCUCUUUGAAAACACACAUUGCAGAUAAAAAUCCCAACCUCAACUCCUAUCUAGUUCUGAGCGUAAUCCGUACUAGCGCCUGUAAAGGCCAAAUUCUGGAAAAGGUGUAAAUAGUGUGACAUGUUCAGUGCAUGGUUGUUUGAACAGGGCUUGUUAUUGUAAAAAAAAAAAGAAAAAAAAAAAGAAAAAAAAAAGGAAAAAAUAUGGAAAAAAAUAAGAAAAAAGGCUGUAUUUCCCCUCCCCUCCCACAGACCUUAGAGCUGUGCCUUUUCUAUGCAAUAUUACAGACAUAUACAUCUGAAACCAGAUUACUGUAUUCACUUGUAGGUAUGGGCUGUAAUCAAAAACCAAUUGGACAAAUGUACAUGGAAAUGAGCAGUCUUACUUUUGUAGUUUUAUAUUAUACAAUAAACAAUUAAAAAUAAAA